AUGGAUGGGGGGUUUGUAGCAGAAGAGGGGCUGUUUGCAGAAGGUUCAAGACAGCCGCCCCACCGUCACCGCCACCCUCGCAACUCGCACAACCAGGGCCACCAGAACCAAUAUGGCGGCGAAGGCGACCCAGAGGGUGAGCGUGGCAUCAUGGGCGGCAUAGCUGGAGCCGCAGCAGGAGGCUACGGUGGCCACGCUCUAGGCGGCAAAGCCGGCCACGGCACCGCGGGCACCAUCAUUGGCGCCCUCGCCGGUGCCUUUGCAGGCAGUAAGACGCAAGAUGCAGCCGAGGAGCGCUGGGACGAGCACAAGGAAAAGAAGAAGGAAGAAGAGCAACGCAAGAAGUGGGAGGAAGAAGAGGAACGCCGCAAGAAAUACGGCCAACAACACCACGGCGGCCCCCCGCCACCCCAACAACAACAACAACAGUCGCACUCUUCGUCUUCCGGUCAACGCUCCAUGGGCGACUUUGGCGGAAACUUUACUGCCUCGUCGCGCGACAUCCGCAUCGACGCCCACGGCGACUUUGUCCUGCACGCCCAGUGCCGCCGCGCAGACGGCUCCUACCAAGCGUCUUCCCUCCCGCUGAACCGCUAUCUCGCCAACAUUGACGGCUCCUUUUCGUGGUCGGGCUCCGGCGGCGGCUCUUGCGGAGGCGAGAGCAGCUACACGGUCCAGCAGGGCGACACUCUCCGCGCCAUUGCGGCCCGCUACUCGCACUGCUCGUACGAAGACAUUGCCCGCCACAACAACAUUGCCAAUGCCGACCAGAUCUGGCCCGGCCAGAACCUGAGAAUCCCUGGUUCUGGUGGUAGUGGCGGAAGCAACGGCGGCUUUGGCCAUUCGGCGCGAAACGUUCGCUUGAGUGCCGGUGGCCAGCGUCUGGAGGCUGAGCUUGAGGGUCAUGGACAGUGGAGGCUCAGGGAGAUUAACCUUGAUGAGAGGAUCAGCAAUCAGGAUGGUUGCUUGGUAUUUAUCUAGCUUCCGUCGUAGGCCUGGUCUGAUGACUUGAUGCAAGUGAAAAGGGGGUGACUUUUUGAUGCAUGGUUAAAGUUGUUUCUUCCUAGACACAUUACUCCGACUUUGAGAACAAUAGAAUGAGAAGAAAAAAAUAAGUUGGUUGUAUCAUCAAAAUCUUUCCAAGUACUCGUUGUGAAAAGACAUUGUUGCAAGAUAUGGAAUAACGUGGUUCACAAGUGAGUCGCUAACCCAAGCGAGUCGCUAACGCCCCAUCACUACAUCUACAUCAACACGUUAUUAUAGUUUUUUAUUAUAGUUAAU